CUCCCUCCACAUCUCUCUCUCAUCUUCCACCAUUCCCUGCUUCAUCCUUCUAUCCUUACUCACUUGAACUCUGUUAGGUGUGCUGUGAAGUCCAGUGGAGCUUCUGCCUUUUACCUUCAAGAUGUCCUGGGCUCGAGUCUUUGUCUUGUCUGUUCUCACCACCCUCUUUGUCAUUACCUUUUUCAGCCUGGUGGAAGGUGCAGCAGUACGGGAUGACUCAAAAGCAUCAGAUGCUAAAGGUGCUGCACAGCAGGUUUUUAUGCCCGAGUCAGACGCCUCCAACUUUUUCAAACGCCGCAAUCGGCGCUCAGUCCGAUACUACGAGUUCCUAGCUGAGCAGAAGGUGAAAAUGGCAGCCGAUGAGCGCAGGAGGGAGUACAAUGAGGAACAAAGGAACGAAUAUGAGAACUAUGUUGAGGAGGACCGAGACGAGGUUAAUGAGAGGUCAAGAGAGACAAAUGAGCAGUUGCGUGAGUUUCAUUACGAUGGUCUCUCUCCUCGCUACUACUGGUUCCACUAAGCAUCCUCAAUCACAGAGAGCUGGGCAACAGCAGCUCUCACUGCCACAACCUUUACCCCGUACUGAAGGUGACAGCCCGACUCUGUCUGAGUGCAAGUGGUUUCUGUAUUUGUCCCACUUUAAUCUACACCUUUUUCUCAACCUGAUUUCUGUAUACAACUUAAAGAGUGCAAUAUAUGUCUUCAUUGUUAAACUGUAAGGAUCAACUUUUGUACUGUUGGGCAGAAAUUUUGCAUGCUUUUUUGGGUUUUUUUAUAUGUACAUUGAAGCUAUAUAAUGUCGUUUCAGCCUGAUGUGCUGUAUUAGCGGCAAGAAACCAACCUUUUAUACACAAAUGGUUUUGCCAGAUAAGAGUUGUAGCUUAAUUUUUCCAACAAACUGUCCUUCAUAUCCAAGUCACAAUGACAAAUAAAGAUGAAUUUCCAAUGA